AUGCGGAACGCAGACUCUGGGCGACACCGGGCAAUGACGGACUCCAAGGCGCCUCGUCCCGACUCCCACAGACGCCAAAGAUGCGGCGAAUCUGCCCACCAAUCUCUGCCCCCGUCGUCGUCCGCCCGUCUCCCGCCCGGUGUCGGUGUCGGUGUCGGCGUCGGCGUCGGCGUCGCAGGGUGCAGCCGGGAGCGUGCCGAAAAAGGCCCUGUGUGUGACGCGCGCGGCUGGCUGUCUCGAGUCCGAGUGCUGACUGCGCGUUGGGGAUGCCGCCCUGCCUACCGCCAUCACAUCCGAUCUUACUUGGUCUCUGGCAGAUUGCUGACCGAGGGCGCACUAGGCGCCCGUGGCCCACUAAGCAACACUGGCCGGAUCUGGCUUUAUCCCCAAGAGGGAAUUCGCGGCUGCUGUCCUUCUGCCACCCUUCUGAUGUACCUCACACAUCUCCCCUCCCCUCGUCUCUCCGACGCCACGCCCGACGCGAACCCCUUGCCGGCCACCCAGCCUGUGGGGCCUCUUGAGAACGUCUCACCACUCUUCUGUCCCAAACGUGCACACUUUUGGGCUAUAUUGAGCACACAAGCCCCAUCCAGUCCCACCCAGCGACGCCCCCCACCUAGCGAGGUCUCGGCGGGCACCCCCCCUCCAACCGUUUCAGCCCACGACGAGAAUACCCAACACAGAACAGAACGCCUGAUCGCUCACAGCCAUCCGCUUGGCCCGCACCCACAGUCGAUCGCGUCAUACCCCGUCUCAGACCAGCCCCCGCCGGCGAACGCGAUGCCCGAUCGUCCUCGCCAGCGCGGCCACCGCGCUCUUGGAGUCUCUGCCCAGGUCGCAUCCCAUAUGUGGCCAUAUGCACUUCUGCGCCCGCCGUCGCACGAUCGCAUCUGUAACUCGGCCAAGCGAUCGCAUAUGGCCUUGUUCAGACGUGCUUACCAGGCCGAUCAUGAGGCAUGGGCGUGCACCCAGGCAGCUCGUCGCGCCCUCUGCCUGCGCGCGCGCGACACCGCCACGUCCUCCGCACGAACGAACCCCUCCUCUAUCCUCCGCACUUCCCGGACGCGCCUGCACGCGCGCGGGCCUGAGUGCACACACGAGCCCAGCGCAGAGGUCCGCCGUCGUCUUCCCAAUCGCGCGUCGGAUCUAGUUCGCGAGAACUGGGCCCGCGGCUUCCCAGAAGGCUUGCGGCCCUCGCGCUGCCCACUCCCCGUCGGCCGUCAUGGGCAGGACACGCCGGCCGGAAUUGCAUCUCGGUCCCAGCCCAGGACGGUCGGCAUCGCCGACAUCGCGCCGCUGCGGUGCAAAGAAGAGCGAGGAAGACGGGCGUGA